AUGACUAUCUACUACUCGCUCACAUUCAUGCUCCUCAUCUCCGAGAUGGUGACGUUCUGCGUCAUUGUUGCACCCCUUCCACAUGCUGUCCGAAAACGAUUCUUCCGCUUCCUCUCAGAAAGUCCUCUUGUAGCAAAGUUAGCCUAUGGUGUCAAAAUAGCCUUUAUAUUCGUGGCGAUAUUAUUUGUUGAUGCUUUCCAGCGCAUGUUACGUGUGACGGCAGAAGCGGAUGUCGCGAAAGGUGGUGGUGCGGGCAUGCAGGACGUCAGGACUGAAACUAAUUUCGCAUCGCGGAAAUUCUACUCCCAACGGAAUACAUACCUCACAGGGUUCUGCUUGUUCCUCUCGCUGGUUCUUACACGUACAUUCUACAUUCUCCUGGAUCUCGUUCAUACGCAGGAGGAGUACGCAAAGCUCAAACAGGAGACAGCCAAGUCGUCGCGUGGACAAAUUGCUUCGCAAGACCAAGCUAAGCAGGUCGAGGAGCUCAAAAAGAAGCUGGCUGCAGCCGAGGAAAAGACGCGUGAUUAUGACAUCGUGAAGAAACAGGCAGAACAGAAUGCGAAGGAGUAUGACCGGCUAGCGUCUGAGCUCAAUGCUGUGAACGGGGACCUCUCCGAUAAGAGAAAGGACUAG